CGGGGAUCUGUCACAACAUGACAGUACUACCACCUCCCGAUGUUUGUGCUGUAAAGAUCUUUGAUUCCAGUGGAGAAAGCGUCCUGCUUUUGGGUAAAAAUAAAUCGCAACUACUAUGGAUAAUGUACAUGUUACGGUGCCGAGAGUGAUACUUUUGCUGAGUGGAAAGCGGAAAUGUGGCAAAGACUUCCUAGCGGAUGCGCUGCUAAAGAGGCUCGGUACGCAAGAAGCACAAAUUAUACGGAUCUCAGAACCAAUCAAACGGCACUGGGCUGACUGGAAGGGUUUGAACUUAAGCGAGUUGCUGGGUGACGGUGCGUACAAAGAGCGAUACCGCAAAGAGAUGAUCGAGUGGAGCGAUGCACGUCGGCAGGAAGACUACGGUGUGUUUUGUCGAGCGGCCUGUACCACAAUCGACCGCAGCAUCUGCAUCGUGAGUGACGUACGGCGAAAGACGGAUGUGCGCUUCUUCCAGGAAACGUACGGCUCGGAACGGAUACGUGCGGUGCGGAUCGAGGCGAGCGAAGCGGUGCGUGCUGGACGGGGGUGGCAAUUUCAACAGGGAAUAGAUGACGUACAAUCGGAGUGCGAUCUGGACAAUUACAGUUCGUGGGAUCUGCUGUUGACGAAUGAGCAUGCGAAUGAUGUUGAUGGACUGUUGGCAACUCUGCAGCGCUUGGUGGAGAACAAAUAGCAAAUGAUUCACGGAAAACAGAAUAUGAUUCACGGAAAAAGAGCACUGGCAAAGCAAACCAACAACGUAAAAUAUGCACAGGGAACACACUUUAAGCGUAAAACUAAGUUUCUAUUUAUUUCGACAUUGAUAGCUGUUAUUGGGAGUGGUUGGGUUCUUAAGAGUAGAAUUUAAAACUAAUCUUUAAUGGAAAUGCUAAUAUAUACGAAAUUAUUCGCU